GGACGACAACCGAGAGCGCAUUGAACAUGCCCGGGAAACAGAGCACCGCCGUCGCGUCCACGUCCCAGCGCACUCCACAGUCCCCCCGGCUGCGCACCGAGGCCUGCCCGAGAAAAGCGAGAGGAUAAACGUGCGAGGUGACGAGGAGUCCUCCUCGAUCCCACCCCCCUUCUUCGAUCGUCAACGGUUUCUGGCUUACGCGGCAGGGCAGCGGCCAUCGUGAUCUCACCUCGCCCCCUUGCGCCCUCCCCAGUCAGUUCCUCUGGCCUCCUUCCCGGAACAGGGCCAGGCUCCUGCGCGCGAGGGUUUCCUCUGAAGAAAAGAGCUGGGGAUCAGAAGGAGGUUCUUGUUGCUUGACAGGAAAAUGAAGUUUUCUUGGUUUUAGCCCACAAGUUUCACGAAAGGAGAAGCUCCUGUGGUUACCUUCCUCUUUUGCUCAGGAAACAAGGGGAGGAGGUUACAGAGAUGGAGAAUAAUAUUGAUGGAAUGUUUGGUACACCUGAGCAUAACUCACAUCCUAAGGUUCACAGCUUGAUGUGCAGUAAGUUGAAAAUGAUGUUGGAUAAAGUUACUUCUAUUCUUCCAUCAAUAGAAGCUGCUCAACCAGGAUGUAAAGCGGGCAUAGAGGAACUUUGCAAUCUGUACAGCAUAGUUGACAAAGGGAAACUUAUAAUCCAAAACUGCAUUGAGUGCAGUAGUCUUUAUUUGGCUAUUACAGGAGAAGCGACAGCAAUGCGAUGCGAAAGGAUUAGAAACUCGAUGAGGCGGAGCUUGUUCCUGAUUCAGAAUAUGGUCCCGUCCAUGUUGGCUGAUCAGGUUGCUGACGUACAUAAUGAUCUCCGAAAUAUGAAAUUCCUUGUUGAUCCAGCAGAAGAAGAAGCUGGCAAAGCGGUCUUGAAGAUGCUUCGACAUUCGGAUGCAACCGAAGAACUUGAAAUGCAUACAUUCCUUCUAGCAUGUUCAAAGUUAAAUCUGACAUCACAGAAAGCUAUGUUAAUCGAAAGACGGGCAAUCAAGAAAUUACUAGAUAAGAUCAAUGGCAACGAUCCCAAAAAGGAAGGUAUCCUCAGUUUUUUCCUGUAUCUAGUCAGGAAGUACGGAAAGAACAGCAAGCCUGAGACAGGUGCAAAGGAUGGAACUGCGAAUGAAACUACAUGCACAAAUGUAAUUUCUAGUGACACCGGUGCACGCAGAAAAUGCAUUCCAACUGUGAACUCUGGGACUGGGAGAUAUGAUGAUCAGAAUAAUUUGUCAGGACUUGCUACACCACCUCCAGAGCUCUGCUGCCCAAUAUCUAUGAAGCUGAUGCACGAUCCUGUGAUAAUAGCCUCUGGACAAACUUAUGAAAGAGAAAAUAUCGAGAGGUGGUUCAGUAAAGGAUACGAUACUUGUCCUAGGACACAAGUAAAGUUAGAAAACUUUACAAUAACUCCAAAUACUUGUAUGCAGGCUGUUAUUUACAACUGGUGCAAAGAACAGAAGCUUGAAUGCACUUAUUUGCCCGAGCAAUUUCAUAAUUACUCCCUAUCAAGUUUGCACGAUAUCUCGGCGCCCCUGAUUGCUCACAAAAACUUCGAUUACAUGGUCGAGCAUAGCGGUUCAUCAGUUGCAUUAUCUGGUGCUAGUUACUUAUCAUCCCCAGUCAGGGAAACGGAUGAGCCAAAAACUAGUUUUACCCAGUUUUAUUCAAAUGUCAAUUGCCAGUUGUAUCUGUCCUUCUGCAACUUUGAUAAGGAAAUGUUUCUGAAUUUGUUUCAAGAACUCUCAGAGCUCCCGGUGGAACUGCAAAGGCAGGCUGUCAAAGACUUAAAAACUGUCCUGAAUAGUGAAAAUGAGGUUUGGCAGUCCAUGAUCUCCAAUGGCUUUUUAGAAGCAUUCCUUGAAUUUCUUAAGAAUGACAAUCUCAGCAGCACAUUACAAGCUCAGAAAACUGGAAUUUAUUUUUUCCUUACGUUUCUUUGCAAUAGCAGGACAAGAAUUUUAUCUAUCACUGAAGAUGCAGUGCGGCUGAUUGUAUCGUUCCUUGAUUCCGAGUUAAAGCUGGAAGCUUUGCUGAUACUUCAUGAACUGCUGCAUCAUCCAAUUUGUCGGGAAUCUCCUCUCAUGGCCUCGCUUGUGGCUCCUUCUGUGAUUGGAGCUUUGGAUACUGGAGAUAAUGAGUGCUUGCAGCUUGCUCUAAAGAUGAUCUGCGAACUGUCAUCCAGUAAUGAUGUAAAAUCCUUGCUGGUUUCUCCAGGCAUAAUUGCCAAGCUGUCUACAUUGCUCAGUGAAGUAAGCUUGACCGAGUAUUGCCUGAAGAUUCUGAGGAACUUAUGCGAAGUGAAACAAGCUGCUGAUCUUAUCAUCAGAUCAGAGCAUUGCAUCGGUUCCAUUUCAGAUCAUCUAGACACAGGAAGCCGCAGUGAGCAGGAGCAUGCAUCUGUUAUCCUUCAUACGGUAUGUUCCCGCAGCACCGAGGCGGAUCGUUUUCUUGUGAUGAAGGAAGGUGUCAUCCCUGCCCUUGUUGAUCUGUCGGUUUAUGGAACUGAGGGGGCAAAAGCGUCUUCAAUCAAGCUGCUUCAAACAUUGGGGGGCUCAGGGGUAGGUCAUGCUGUCGAUGCUGGAGUAGAGAGCUCACCCAAUGGGUCGAUCUGCAAACAGCCGAUAUCCAAAUCAGCUCGGUAUAUCUCAAGAAAGCUCAGCAUUUUCUCAAAACCCCGGUCGCGAAACAUCCUCUGAGAACUUAGUGAUUUUUUAUUUUUUUUUAGAAUCAGAACUUUGUGAAUUUGACAACACUGACCACCUGAUGCAAAUGGGAGCGGGUAGUAGUGUCCAAAUGAAGUGCUUAAUGUGGAUACUUUUUUGACCGAAAUGUAUUUGACUAGAGUUUUUAUUUGCACA